AUGACCGAGGUGGCGAGCCCGUCCGCCGCGGCACCACCGCCGCCGCCGAUGGAGCCCCGAGCGAUUCCUGCCGACGACGAGGCGCUCAUCCGCUCACUCGUGGAGGACGUCAAUCAGACCGCGAGUAAGAUUGCGCGACGGGCGCGCGGCGAGCCCCCGCAAAGAUUCGGCGGUCCUUUCAGCGUCGCGGCGACCCCGCAGGCGACGCUGUCGGGCCUGCCGCGGUUCGCGUUCACCCCGAACCUCUCCGCGCGAUCCGCGAACCCCGGUCCGCCUCCGAGGUUCGACGCGGCGACGCGAGCCGAGCUCGACGACAAGCAUCGAGAGAUCGACAAUCUGACGAGGACCGUCGAGGCGAUGGAGCGGGAGCUGUCCAGGCGGGACGUGGAGACGAAGACGUUGAGGCGCGAGCUCGCCACGGCGCACGCGGAGGUGGAGGAGAGGGACGCGCAGAUCGCGGAGGUGUGCGCGGAGUGGGAGAGGAACCUCACCGCGGCGCAAAAGUCGAGAGACGCCGACGUCGCGUCGCUCGAGACCCGAAUGAGGCAUCUCUCCGACGUGGAGCUCGCGGCGCUCAAGGCACAGGUGGAGGACGCCGAGGCACGGGCGGCGAAGGCGACCGCGAGGGCCGAGGCGGCGGAGGCGAGGGCGGCGGCCGCGGAGCAGGAGACGCGAAGGCAGGUGGCGGAACGGGACCGAAAGUUUGCCCUCUCCGCGGAGGACUUUCGCCGUGUCAUCCAGGAGCGGGACGCUCGAGCCGCGGAACUGUCGCAGCGGUACGCCGCGCGCGUCGCCGUGGACGAACGAGCGCACAAACGGACGCUGGAGACGUUACGGGCGGCGUGGGACGAUGAACGCGAGGAGAUGCGCGUGGAGAUGCAGACGGUGACGGCGGGCGCCGCAGCUUUCGUUCGCCGCGAGGUGUUGACGCGCCACGGCCUAUCCUCGUCACGGCCCGACGGCGCCAUCUUCGACGAGGACGCGGUGCGGCGGAUGCUGAGGAAUCCAACCGGAGGGGCAGACGACGUCGGCGGGGGGGACUCCGCGAUCCCGGUGGUCAUACCGGUCGGCGCGGGCGGGGCGGGGUCGAACUCGUUGGCGUUCCAGGCGCCGCCACCUGCGCCCACCGCCGACGCUCAGCCGGAGGUACCGGAUGCGCGCGGGGUGCUGGAGGCGAGGGCGUCGGCGCCGGCGCGGACGACGUCGGCCCCGGCGGAUGUGGCGUCGGCGAGGCCGAAGAAGGAGAAGAGCGGCUCGUUCUUCAGCAUGUUCAAGUCCUCGAAGAAGUCCGGUAUGAAGCUCGAAAAGUAG